ACGCUUCUCCUUGUAUUUAACUCUCAAGAUCAUGUGCAUUGACAAUAAUGACAAAAACGUUCUCAAGUAUGAUGUGCUUUUAUAACUUACAAUUAACAUAUAAAUAUAUAUAGUUGGUUCGUAUGAUAUAGAUAAAAAGUGCCCGCAAUAUCCAAAUCUCAUACAUAAAAAAAAAGAAUGAAAUAGAUUGUACGCUUUCAAAGGCUCUAUUGAUAAAGAAAAAUGUCGAAUAAAUUUCAUCUUUUGCUAUUUGUAAUUCUUUUUACGACUUCUUCUUUUACCCUUUCGUUACCAACAAAAGAUAAAUAUACGUAAAAUAGAAUGGUUGUAUACCGCACAUGUUUGUAUUUCUUACCGCAAGAGUUUAGUAUGAACCGUAACCAAAUGAUGACGUAGAAAGCUUCUGUUAUUUGACAUUGGCAUUGACUCAAAUGCAUCUAAUAAAUGUAGAUUAUAAAUGAUUUUAUUAGUUCAAACGAUGAUUAAAUUCAUGACGCAUUAUGUGGGUGAAUUACUUCAAUUGACCUGAAAAUUUCAUAGAGUAUUCCUCUUAGCGACUUCGUACACUUCCGAAAAUUUCAGCAGUCUACGUCAUUCUCAUUCCGAAUUAUGCUUGUUGGAAGUGAAGAAAAAGCAAAAAAUGUCACCAUCUCUUGUCGAAGACAAAAUUUUUUCAAUUAAGAAAGCUUUCUUUUCACGUUUUCUUCAAUGCAGAUAGAUAGAAAAAAGUACAGUGAAUCAGAAUCUGAGUUUUGUUUUCUUUUAAAAAGCUCUCUUUAAUAAAUACGAUAAAUACCUAUUUGACAAAUAUUUUGUCUUUUUUUUUGUCCCCUUAUCUUAAUGAUGUGUGGGUGUGAAUGUGUAGAUGUGGGUGUGGGGACUUGUUUUCGGUCUCUGGCACACAAACGACACCCACUCAGACAUCCAUACUCACAUCCUUCAUGUAAAAGUCUCUAUUGAUUGCAUGAGAAGAAGGAGCUCGAAAUGCGAAAUCAUAUUUCAAUUCGUCUACUCAAGACAAACAUAAAUUUGCGCUUUUGAUAAAUCCUCGUUUGUGGAAAUGCGAUAGUGCUCGGUGUGAAUCGACAGCUGUGUAUCGUCUACGCCUUUUCUUUUCUGACGAUCAAAUGUUUGCAGAUGACGUGAAAAAGAACCAUCGAAAACAAAGCAAUGUGGAUGGUCGGACGCAAGAUUUCACUCUCGAUAGCAUUUAAAAUCUGUUAUUUUUCGUUCUUUCUUCUACACACUUUCAAUUAAAAACAAAAAAAAGAGAACGAAAUAAACUUAUCGCCAUAAUCAUAAACCACCACGAACAAAAUUUUCUUCCAAAAGUAAUAUCUGGGUAAGAAGAGAUUUUUAUUGUUUUAAAGCAUCGAACUAGGAACAUUUGAUCGAAUGAAAAUACAUACAUUCUUUAUUUUCAAUAGUAGAGUCCUAUGCUUUUCCAGCACUGUUUGGAUUUCGAAAAAAAGGAAAUUGCUAAAAUUUGAUUUUUGACUUGGGUAAUUUUUUCUUUUUUUUUUUAGAAAAUCUCAACAUAUUUUUAACAGAUAUAUUCAAUGAAUCCCUUACACUUAAUUAAAUCUUUUUGCAUCGAAUAACUCAUAUACUAUUCGAUGAUUUACAAGACAGAUAUGAAGCUAUCAUGAAGGUGUAGGUAUUCUCUUCAACUCACAUUCAUAGUCUCGCGCAUGACAGUCGUUUACGACCUCAGAUGCUUGAUCUGAAAUCUCAUUCAAAGUCAUAAAAGAUAAGGAGUUCUAUUUUAUUCGAAUUAUUGUCAUUUAUUGUUGUUAACGUCGUUUAUAUAUACUGCACAAUAAGCAUUUCUAUUCAAAUAAGCUUAAUUCGAAAUCGAUAGUUAAUACCUUCAUUUCAGCCACCUAAAUUGAUAGUUCGAAAUGCCAGAUAGUAACCACUGACUUUUAGAUAGCUGAAGAAAAUAAUUUUAUUUUUCUAGCAAAACAGAUUUUGUUGCAGUACUUAAUAUUAUUUUUUGUUGUUUAGAAAUAAGAUAACAUCGAUUUGACUCUCACUGUCGCAUGAACAAUUUCACGAGAACAACUGAUAACUUUAAUUCAGCGUCAUCGCUGACGUGCCCUAUAUCACUGUCUCUGGUUUUUAUGUAACUUAUGAAGGGAGCGGAUCGUCCAUAUUAAGCAGAUUCUCUGACUGAAAUGGAACGAAGCGACAAGAAUCAUUCAGAGCAUUAGCCAAGAGAAAAACGGGAUUUAUGAUACAAAUAAAUUACAAAAUAAUUGAAAAUUUCUGUACUUUCUAGAAGACAUUUACUGAAAGAAUCUAUCAAAAUAUAAUCCUGUGCAUAUAUUUAUAUACAUACACUCACGAGAACCCCGUGCGUAAUACUGCACAGCAGCGGUUUUUUCUUUAACACACGUCCUCACAACUUUAACCUUUCACUUGAUAACAGACACACAAACACUCGACAUUAUGCACAUGGAAGCCCCACGACGUGAUGUUCUUAUAUCGCUAAUAACCCACAUAGCCUUACGGUCUUAUAGUCUUACCCUUUGUAGCCUAACCGUCUUAGAGCGUCUCCGCUUUAUAGCAUUACCUCCUCUUUUUAGUGAUUCCCCCUUAUAGCCUUAGCCUCUCAUAGGCUACAUGCCCUAUAGCCUCAUCCUCUAAUAGCCUUACACCUUAUUGUCCUACUCCUUUAUAGCCUACACUUAUAGGUUUUUUUGACCUUUAAUUCUUGACCUUUGAUCCGACAUAGGCAGACACAUACCAGACAAACACUGAACAUUAUAUAUAGAUGCUCAGUGUCUGUGUGUUUGUUUCUCUGUGCGGGAUUAGAGGACAAACAUCAAAUAAAGCUACAAGGAGUAAGGUUAUAAGGGUGGGUGUGGGUUGCAUCAAGCAGAAAAGUUACACCUACAUCCACACACUCGCACACCCACACCCAAUUGAUCGACAUCUUGCUUUUUUCAGAUUAUUCUGUAACGAUAAUAAAAAUAUAGUAAUAUCAAAUUUAGGCAAACUAUUUAAUAUUUACACGAAUGACUGAGGGAACAACUACGAAUACGAACAAGACUCUUGAGGAAGCGGCCGUUGACUUUUUCGGAAAUAAACUAGAAGAUUACUCCAACAUUUUGAAAGAAGAAAAAGCUUUCAAUAUUCACUGUGGAAGAGAAUUUGCCAAACAACAAAUCAUAGCGGAUAAUUUAAAUAUAGAAAAAAAUGAUCUCGACAAGAAAGCUACUACAAUAUUGAAUAAAAAUGAUGAAUUACUCGAUCAAGUUAAACAACAAGCCGAUCUAUUGAGAAAAAAUGAAGCAAGAAAAACUGAAUUAUACGAACAAACAUUACACAAUAAUAAAGUAAUUCAUCAGGAACAACAAAAUAUUGUCGAUUGUGAAAUAAAAAUUCCAAAUCUUCAAACUGAACUCGAUUUAAAAGUCAAAAUACAAAAACAACUUACUGAUGAUGAAGUACAAUUACAAAAGGAUUUAUCGGAUUUACACAAGAAACAAAAUGAAUUAGAAGAAACGAGCAGAAUCAUUGCCGAAGAACUUCGAAAAACUGAAGAAGUUCUCAACGCCGAGAUUGCUGUACGUGAUGCGUGUGAAAGAAGAAUAAAGGAAUUACGUGAACAAAUGGAUCAAAUUGAAGACGAAUUAAAGAAAACUGAAAAAGAAAUUGACGAACUCAAAGAAAAACAACGAAAUUUGGAACGUGAAAAGAAAAAUUUAGAAAAACAGAUCGAACAACUCAAUACGAAUAUACAAAAAUUGGAAAACAUCCUUCAAGAUAAAAUCAAUAAAAUUGCUCGUCUUGAAAAAGAAAUUCAAGAAUGUCAAGAAAGAAUCAAUACAUUAAAUCAAGAAAUUGAAAAAUUACGUCACGAUAUUGAAGCAAAUAAUAUUAAAAUAGAAAAAGCAAAACAAGAAUUAGCUACGGCUGAAGCGCAUUUAGAACAACUCGACACCGCACGAAAGGCACUUGAACUUGAAAGACGUGAACUCGAAAAGACUAUACGACGUCUUGAAGAUGAACAAAAUGAGAAUCAAAAUAAAUUAAAUCGUCUACAACAAAAGCUAAACACAAUCGAAGAUUUACUUCGAACUUGCGAAAUCAACAUUCAACAAUUGGAACAAAAACAAAAACAGCAACAAUACGAAAUUAAGAAACUUGAAGAUGAACGUUUGCGUCAGGAUGAAAAUUUAACUAAAUUAACCAGUGAAUGUAGUGAAUUGCAAGAAAAAAAGGAGACCGCAAAACAAGAACGACAAAUUGCCGAAACUGAUCAUAAAGAAGCGGAACGAACAUUGGUUCAGUUGAAAAGACAAGAACGUGAACAGCAACUACAAUAUGACAAAGCUGUUAAUGAAGAAAAACGUUUUAAAUCACAACUUGAUGCAGCUUUACUCGAAGAAACACAAGCUAAAAACGAAUUAGAUAGUGCCAUAUCGAAAUUGAACAGUUUAGAACCAAUGGAAGAUCUUUGGAGUGGAGUUGCAGCUGUAGCAACAUCAAUUAUCGGCUCAAUUGCCCUGCCGUUUUUAGGCGGUAUUGCUGAGUCAAAAAAACGUGAAGUCGAACGAGCUCGUGCAGCAGUCGAUAAAGCACGUGACAAAUAUGAACAGAAAAAGGCAAGAGCUACAGAGAAAAAAGAACAACACGAAGCUGCACAACAUCAUGUUAUCGAAUGUAAAACCCAACAUGCUAACACCGAGAAAGAACUUAUCGCUCACACACUAAUCGCAGCUCAGAAAAAAGUACAAUUUCUUAAAUGCAAAUCUAAUGCAGAACAAUUAGUUGUACAACAUCAAGAAGCAGCACGAGCACAAAAGAAAGCAGAGACAGAGUUACGCAUGACCGAUACUAAACUUCAACAAGCUCAAACACAGCUUAGUACGAUUACAAGUGAUCUUAAUCGAGCUCAGCAAGAAAAAACUACAUACGGUAAUCAAAUAGAUAGUCUCAAAGCAAAUGUUGAAGACUUACAAUCGACUAUAACACAACAUCAACGGGUGAUUGACGAUCAACAUGAUGCAGCAAAAACUAAUCAAGCAGAACUAGAAAAAAUCACACACAAUUAUCAACAACAGAAACUCAACGUACUAAAAAUGAAAGGUGAUUAUGAGAAUCUUCAACGUUUACAAGACGAUAUGAUCAAUUCAAAACAAGCCAAAGAACGAGAAAUAACACAUCAACAAUCGUUACUCGACGCUGAAACGAAAAAAGCUGAAGAUUUAGCAGCCGAAAUUGAGAAAAAGAAAAUCGAUCUAGGUAAUUUACGGAACAAAUUAACUGAAACAAAUAAGACGCUCGAUGAAACAACGAAUAAACUCACACAAUUAAAUACAAAAAAGACGAAUCUUGAAAAUCUUCUACCUGAAAUACGUAAACAAUUGACAAUUGUCGAAAAAGAAUAUAAUGUAGCACGUGAAAAAGUUCAAAAUCAAGAUGUCAAAGUGCAAAAGAUUCGUCAGAAUAUUGAUACAUUAGAAUUACAAAAGACAAAAUUAUAUAGUGAUAUCGAACAUGCUACAAACAAAUUGAAACAACAUCGAAUACAAAUGACAAAUAAUAGUAAAUCAAUCGAACAGCUUAGAGACGAUGCAAAAAAAUUAAACGAAUCUAAAACAAACUCAGAAAAAUUGAUCCAAACAUCAAGAGAUACAUUGCCGACAAUAGCAGUCGAACUUAGCAAAAUAGAUGAAGAGAUUCAACGUAAUGAAGGAUUAUUUAAUACAAAACGCACUGAAUUUAUUGAAUCGAACGAAAGAUUAAUCGAAAAUGAAAAGCUUAGAGAAGAAAAUUACAAGAAACUCCGUCAGAUCGAUGAAGCAAUGACUGAUCUAAAAAAAUAUCAUUGUCAAAAUGACAAAUAUCAAAAAGAAAUUUUUAAUCUUGGAAAAGUAACAAUUGACAAUAUCAUUAAAAAUGAAAAUGAAAUUCAACUACAAAAAGAAAACACUCAAACAAUUCCACAAAAACAGAAUAUUGAAGAAGAAAAUCAAAAUCAAAAUCAAAUUACCAAAUCUAAUCUAAAACCGGCUUGA